GAAGGCCGCUGAAAGGAAGAGUUCUCGCAGGGGGAAUCCAGCCUUUUACAACUUAUUGAGGACGAUAUUUUAUCGGAUUUAUCGUAUAUGUUGCAGUUAUGGGGCAGACAUUAUCAGAGCCCGUAACAACGAAGGAAACCACUCGAGAUGGUAACCAUGCAUUUAAAAUUGGUUCAUCAUGUAUGCAAGGAUGGAGAAUCAAUAUGGAAGAUGCACACACACAUAUUCUAUCCUUACAAGAAGAUAAAGACGCCUCAUUUUUUGCUGUCUAUGAUGGACAUGGAGGUGCAAAAGUAGCACAAUAUGCAGGUAAAAAUUUACACCAUAGAAUUCUUCAGCAACCAGCUUACAAAAGAGGUGAAAUUGAAGAAGCAAUUAAAGGAGGUUUUAUAGCUUUAGAUGAAGAUAUGCUGGAAGAUGAAGCAAUGAAAGAUGAACUAGCAGGAACAACUGCAGUGGCUAUUGUAUUAAAGAAUAAUAAAGUGUUCUGCGGAAACGUUGGUGACUCGAGGGCAGUAGCCAGUGUUAGUGGACAAGUACAACAAUUAUCAUUUGACCAUAAACCUUGUAAUGAAGAUGAAACGAAACGAAUUGUUGCCGCUGGUGGUUGGGUAGAAUUCAAUAGAAAUCUUGCACUUUCAAGGGCAUUAGGUGAUUUUGUUUUUAAGAAAAAUGAUAAAAAAAAAGCAGAAGAACAAAUAGUCACAGCUGUUCCUGAUGUAAUAGUUAAAGAUAUCACAGACAAUCAUGAAUUUGUUGUGUUAGCCUGUGAUGGUAUUUGGGAUGUUUUGUCAAAUCAAGAAGUUAUAGACUUUGUGAGGACAAGAAUCGCAGAACGAAUGGAACCAGAUCAGGUAGUCAUUUGUUAA